GCGGCGCUCAGCGCGACUUCCCUGUCACUGGCUACUACGGCUCCCAGCCCUCCUCCGAGCCGCCCGAGCCGAGCCCCGGCGGUCUAGUUGAUCCGAGUGGCGAUUCGACUCGCUCUGCUGCAUGUCCGGGGGGACCGUGCCCAGUGCGGAGCCGCGCCGGGGACCCAGCGACCGCAGCUCGAGACGCCCAGGAGGAGCCCGAGCAGCCAGCCCGACCCGGCCGCCCUAGCCGACAUGCGGCUGCUGGAGAGGGCGAGGAAAGAGUGGUUCAUGGUCGGGAUCGUGCUGGCCAUCGCCGGCGCCAAGCUGGAGCCGGCCGUGGGGGUGACCGGAGGUCCACUGAAGCCAGAAAUCACUGUCUCCUACAUUGCCGUCGCAACAAUAUUCUUUAACAGUGGACUCUCGUUAAAAACGGAGGAGCUGACCAGUGCAUUGGUGCAUAUAAAACUGCACCUGUUCAUUCAGAUCUUUACGCUGGUGUUCUUCCCGACGGCAAUCUGGUUUUUCCUUCAGCUCUUAUCAGUCACACCCAUCAAUGAAUGGCUUCUCAAGGGUUUGCAGACAGUGGGCUGCAUGCCUCCCCCCGUGUCUUCUGCAGUGAUCUUAACCAAGGCAGUUGGUGGAAACGAGGCAGCUGCGAUAUUUAAUUCCGCCUUCGGAAGUUUUUUGGGCAUCGUGAUAACGCCUUUGCUCCUGCUGCUUUUUCUGGGCUCCUCCUCCUCUGUGCCUUUCACCUCUAUCUUCUCUCAGCUUUUCAUGACCGUGGUGGUGCCCCUCAUUAUCGGACAGAUCGUCCGAAGGUACAUCAAGGACUGGCUGGAGAGGAAGAAGCCGCCUUUCGGGGCCGUGAGCAGCUGCGUCCUCCUCAUGAUCAUCUAUACCACGUUCUGCGACACCUUCGCCAAUCCAAACAUCGACCUGGACACAUUAAGCCUUAUCAUCAUCCUCUUCAUCAUAUUUUCUAUUCAGCUGAGUUUCAUGCUCUUAACCUUCAUCUUCUCAACAAGGAAUAAUUCGGGUUUCACACCAGCAGACACUGUGGCUAUCAUUUUCUGUUCUACACACAAAUCCCUCACAUUGGGAAUCCCAAUGCUGAAGAUCGUGUUUUCUGGCCAUGAGCAUCUGUCUCUCAUCUCCGUGCCCUUGCUCAUCUACCACCCAGUGCAAAUCCUGCUGGGAAGCGUGCUGGUGCCAACCAUCAAGUCAUGGAUGGUCUCCAGGCAGAAGGGCGUGAAGCUGACCAGGCCAACGGUAUAACGGAGGAGGCGCCCUGGAUGCCAUGAUGUAGAUAUG